AGCUACAGGAGAGGGGGCAGGGUGGGGUGGGACCCUGUACGUUCCUGUUUGUGCCGUACUCCGGCACGAGGAGAGCGUGAAGGUGGAGUGAAGCCAGCGUGCGCUCUACUCUAAGCUGUCUGCCAUUACAAAAAUAUUGUCACGCAAGCCGCUUUUCUGCGUCGUCCUCGACGACGACGACGGACAGCGGUUGUUGCUGAACGAGAGUCGAAGUCGUAGUACGUACACCUGGCGGGUCUGUUACCUGUGUGUAGCCACACCGACCCACCUUUCCUCCCUCCUCCCGUGACGGACGGCGAGCAGCGAGCCCUGUGACUGGCGCCCGUUCGCCAGGUGUCUGCGCAAACAGGACCGUGCGCCGGUGUGGGCCCGGGUCGCCUCAUUCCAUUCAUUGCUGCCAUUGUGUGCCAGGUGAGCGUACCGGCCGUUCUGCUGUCAUGCCUUUCACGCUCUAAGAACUGUUCGUCUCCCCCCUGCCCCCUCAGUCGGCAGUCCUCUCGUCCUGCGGCGUUCUUUACCUGUGACGGUACCCGGGAGAGAGGUGGGGGGUAGGGGAGUUCGUCGUCGUGGGGAGUGGCUUCACCUGCGAAAUUCCACCCUUCAGUCGGUGGCCGCCUAGUGGUCGGUCACGCCGUGUUGUGUAGCUGUCCGCCCAGGCCCCCUUGUCCGUCCACUUGUGUCGUCCGGUGACAAGUUUCUCGUCUGUUGAUUACCGGGGUGGCUCAUGUGAUCAGCUCCGCCAUGCUGGGUGAGAGAGGAGGGGAGUAGCGGAACAAGUAGUCGGCCGUGCGGCCGGACAGCGUGAGAAACUUGCAAGAGGAGGAGGCGGAACUAGAAUCACGUCCACGACCCUCCGACCCACGGGCACCGGUCAGCAGCCCCCUGCUGGCGAAGUGGCGGAGGCCAGCCAGCCAGCCAUCCUGCCAUCCUCGUCGUGUGUAGUCCAGUCUUCCACAAGGAUUCCCGUCGUGCCAACCUCUCACAGACAAGCGGUGGAUAGUCGGGUGUUUCACUGAGGAGUACCUGAGUUGUGUGGAGUGUACGAGCCAGGACUUGCCCUCCACCCUACACCCCUGUCUGCCAUGCCUGGAGCACGACUGUGGCUGUGGUGCCUGUGGCUGCUGGGGCUCGGGGUGACGAGGGUGGCGGCGGAGGAGUGUCAGUUGGGCACCGUCAUCGUCGCCAGCGUCUUCGUCACACUCGGUGUCGUGGCCAUCGUCCUCGGCAUCGUCUUGCUCGUCGUCUGGAAGCGAAACCGAGGGUGUUUCAUUUGUCCUAAGCGUACUCGUAAAGCCAGCUGUCUGCAAGAGGAGCCCCCGUCCACCCAGUAUCAUGUCAACCCAGCUUUUGUGGAUAACGACAGCCUGGCUGAUGCUGAAGAAGGUAUUAUCGGACUUACACCUAAGAAAGGUCUAUCACCCGAGAAAAAGUCGCCCAUCACAGAUGGCUACAAGAAGACGUGGACGUCUUUCCCUUCCCCAGACUUUCCAGACGGCCUUCACCGACACGUGUCCUGCGGCUCUCUGGACGAUAACUUUCGGCACAUGGGACCGGAGAUGGUGAGCGUGUGGCUGCAGAGUCAGGACAUCAUUGGUCUGGGCUUUAACAUCUCCGGCAACAUGCGUGACGGCAUCUACGUCAGUCAGGUGCACAACCGAGGGCCAGCCGUAGAGUCGGGCAAGAUCAAAGUUGGCGAUCGCAUCGUCAGCGUGACCAUCGCAUACGAGAACAUUGUGUACGAGGACGCGCUGACCAUCUUGAGCUACGCCUCGCCCUACCCGGUCAAAGUCACGGUGCAGAAGGAACGCAGCGGCUCCUCCGACCCCCGCAGCGGCUCCAGCGAGCAGCUCAAACACCCCAUCUACCGAAGCCAGUCUCUAGACGCGCUGCAGCGCAUCAAAGAUCCGGCCUUCAGACCCAAGCGCUCGCAGAGCGAAAUGAAAACGGAGACUAGAAAAGAAUCCGACAAGAGGCAGAGACCAGCCGACAGGAAGUCAAAAGGUUUGUCUCAAACCUAUUCCAGCCCCCCGCCGUCCACUGCGCACAGCAGGAAUGAAGUGACAGCUGACGUCAUGGUUCACGUGCCAAACCUCGGCCACCACGAUGGGCAGGAAGGAGGUGGAGCUUGCCGGGCAAGGACACUGUUGAUCAUUCGGCGGCCGCCGCCAUGCUAGCCGAAUCGCCAGUCUCUGUUAAUUUCCAGAAAGAUGACACUGAGGGCAGAAGGAAAAGCAGGCUCGACACAGAAGCUGCGCGGCAAUAUGCUGACCUCAUGGACCAGGUGAGGGACGGCAAGAAGAAAGACAUUCCGGUCGACUCCGUCUUCGAGAAUCCAGCUCUCAGGCGCGAAAGCAUGUCGCCAAAGUUGGUGCCUAGCAAGCCCGAACGAAAGAAGAAAGCCAGCAACGCCAGCCUUGUCCUUUUCGAGCCCGAGCAAGUCAGGCUGGAAGUGGAAGACGUGAAAGAGAGAGUCCAGACAGCAGCAGCAACGACUGCACAUGCGGUUCCCCGGGAGAAGAACAAGGACAACGACCCAGAGCCAGAAGCUGACGAGGAGCAGAUCCUUCAGUCUUUCGUCGAGCGAAACGUGGUCAUCGACAGCAAGAACAUCGCGUUCUCGCUGGUGGAGACAGCGGAACCCGAUGACGGAACGGCUGCGACCCGAGGACGCGUUUGCCAACGUAAAGAUGCCUGAGUGGGUGCGACCCGCCUCUCCUGAACAGGAGGCGGUAGAAGAAGAACUGAUGGAAGCAAGUGUAGCGACUCGAGAUGCACAUGCCCUGUCCUUGCCCAGUGACACGAGGCAGGACGGCAACAAUAGAGUUCCGAAAAAGGAAGAACCUAAAGUCCGACAACUCGAUGAUGGCAUGUUGGAACGUUUGAUCGCCAUGAAUGCGUUCCCUCCUGGAACGCAGGGAUGGGUAGGCAUCCAGGCAGGUGCAGAGAAGGGAGGUGUGUACGACGAGUUCGUGCCUUUAGCAAUGCAACAGCCCCUUGGCAACGGCUACGCCAAGGGCACUCAGCUGCCCAACAGCACGACGCGGCAACCGCGUGGACUGGCUUUCGAGGUGCGCGACGACGUGAUCACGGGUGUGCCGAUUAAUGUACCGCUGCACAAACCGAGGAACGGUGCCAGUAGAAAUUCCAGCAAUAGCAGCAACGACAGCAGCAACAGCAGCACGGGCGGCAUCAUCCGUACAUCCUCCGCAGACGCGAUCAACAGCGACAGCGAAGAGCUGCGGGCGUACAUCGUUCGCGCCAACUCAAUGCGCGAAGAGCUGGAGCGACAGCGACAGCGGCGUGGCGAGGAGGCGGAAGAUGAGCGGCACGCGCUGGAUUGGUCCGGCACCCGCCUCGUGCGGUCGGGCUCCUUCCCCGAGAUCCCGCAGGACGAUUCUAUCAGCGACUGGACCGACAACAAUGUCAUCGGGGAUGGAGAUGAAGACGACUCGGUUUUGGACACACCUGUGUUACUGGGCGUCGACCGAGUGGGGGAGGGCGUUCUGGCCCAUAGUGUGUACUCCGCGCGGGAGGAUCUGUCCAACAUGUCCGACCUGACCAGUUCUGGUUCUUCCAGUCGGAGUGCUUCCCCGGUCUUUACGAACGGUCCCGCCCGCGUGAUCUCACCGGGGCCCGCAGACUUGAAGGCCGGCACGGUGAUAGACUUGAUGUCCCACUUGGACAAUAAUGCCAAUACCAAGUCUAUUUCUGUCAGUGCUAGUACAGACGAUGACAUGGACUGUUAGUGUAACGCUCAAAAGGCGAAGACUUUGCUGGAACAGUUUUAAAAUCAAAGAAAUGGCCCUGACCAUGAUGCGAUGGUGAUAUCAGUGUGAUCCUCUCCACCCCAGCUUUUUCAGAUUUUGUAUUUUCUCACCAUUUUUAAACGUCGUAAUUGCUUUGCUUUUAUUUUUUAAAACUUUCUUUGUGUCGAGUUUAGUUUACAGAGGCCCUUUGUUACAAAUAUCCGGACCUAACUUAUGUUGUAAUUAAUACACAGUUUACAAUUCACCGAUCAAGCAGAAAUACGGUUACACUUACAAUCUAGGCAUGUGCCACGUGUCAAUGGGAACAGCGCUCUGAGCUGCCUUCUGUUACCUCGCUAGUUUUGUCUACCUCUGCUACUGCAAAAAUGUGACGAAUGUCCACAGAAACAGUUAAUAAACACGUGGUGCCAGCUCUCCUGGUUACAGCUUUGAUGUAAAGGUAUCCAUGUACAUCGGUGAUGUCAGUAUGUGCCACUGUUUCUAUGUGUUUGUAGGCUGGCACCACGAGAGCGGUCUGUUCCCAUAGUUUGAGGAAACACUAUUUUGGACUGUGAAAAACAGUCCUUUGUAGAAAUAAUAACUCUCUGGGAAGCCUUCAAUGAGUUUCAAGAUUAAAGACAGAUUUUAUGAAGUUAUGACAAUCGAAAAUUUGCAUACAGGUUACUGUUCCGCCUGUUAAUUCGCUGCUGUUCACAAAAUAUAUAUUGCUUGUGGUCAAGAUUUACACCACUUUCUAAUUUUUUUUAAUUUUUGUAUCUUUUAACCGUUUUCUUUAUUUUUAAUCCAGCGAUAGCAAAUUAAUUACUGUAUACUUUGCUCCUUAAUUCUUUCCCUACCCCACAAUCAAGUUCAGUCACGAUUACUUAAAUCGAACCUUUCGACAUUCGCACUCUCCAUCAUACCUCAAAUCGCGAAUCAACUUAAUCGGAAUGUCACUGCUCACUUGAUGGAGCAAGGGGCUAGAAGCAAAGUGAUACACAUACUCAAACGUGACUUGGAUCAAUCCUUGAUCAGACCGACAUGAUGGCUGUGUGGUGCUUGCGUGAAAUUGUUGUUUGAUUGGUCAAAACGGCCCAUGUGAUUAAAGCGAGCUAACUUUGUCUGGCAUGCAGACGACACGUGCAGACGACAGAACAUCUGCACACUGCAAAUGAUAAGAGCACGGACAUGUCUAGAGAAAAAAGUGAUUGUAGUCGACACAAAAGGAUCAGGCCAACAAGGAGGAAUGUAAUUACAACAUUUUGAGGGAUUUUAUCGAAGGAGCGUCAUUUAUGUAGAGGAAUAAAGGAAUGACAUCGAAAGUGCUCUCUAAACAUUUUAAUAAAAUUAUGACUGACCUAGACAAACCUUUUAUAAGUACUACGUCAGUAUUAUAGACAACUAUCAUUUGAAUACCUUUCAAUAAACUACAGUAGUAUUGAGAGAAAUGGUCAACAGAUUAUGUGAGCGUAAACAAACUUAACUCUACUGUAAUGGAAUUUCAACUUUUUUACAAACAAUAAAAUUCCGAAAUUCACUUUGUAUAGGUAGAUACCCCACUUUAAUGAGUUGAGAUGUUUAGGGGGUAGAUACCCCACUUUAAUAAGUUCAGAUAUUACCUGCAGUUGCACUGGACAGUGUUAUAUGCGCUGGACUUUGAGUUUCUGCCAGUCAGGAAGCAGACGAAUAAUUACAUAUUUUUUUGUAAUAUAUCACCCUUGAAUAAAAAGUGCAGUUGGAAAUUGGCUGUGGCAUAUCAUUAUUGGUUCGACAGUUAUCUUGUGAGCACUGUGCGUUAGACAUAGAAAUGAGCUUUAUAAAUUCUGUUACUAUUAUCAAAGAAUUUUAAAGUUUUUAUGAAUGAUGAUGUUUAGGGGACUGGCACCAGAGGGUCACAAUUACAACAGAAACUCGAUACUGAAAACAUAACUACUGUAUGUUAACUGCUGCUCAGUUUUCUGUUCCAGUGGUUGUGAAAGUAUUCAACUCAGGGCCUUAUUUUUACAUGCAUAUUUUCGAUGUCUGCACAUGCAGAGUGAUACACGUCUUCUUAGAGAAAGGCUAGCAAAUUAUGUGCUGUACUUAGCUUUGGCUUGUAGAGCAUUGUGUGUAAAUUUCUAGAACUAGUAACAAGUAGGGGGAUUUUUCCUUUUUGUUGAUAACAAUGUUGAUCCAUUUACCUCUGUCUUGUUCACCGAAAGAACACAAAACUAAUCUAAUGUAUAUACUUGUUGAUGAUUGCCCCAAAUCUUUGAUGUUAUGCAGCAAAGAAAUUAAGGUCAUAAAUGUAAGUAAAAUAGAAAAUAAAUAUACUCAUAUAUUUUGCUCUUCAUAAAAUUGCUUGGCACCAAAGGAAAACUUUGGCACUCAGCUUGUUUGUUUUUGUAUAGUAAAAAGUUUAUUAAUAUGUUAUUGUUAUUUUGUAGUUAAAAGAUGUUUAUCAAAUGCUGCAUGGAUUGUGCUUUUAAUAAUCAUGUCAUUUUAUCAGUCUUUCUCAUAAGAACUGCAUAAACUGUAGCAAAGUAUUUUCUUAUUGAACAAGUGGAUGCAUGUCUUGCCUUCAGACAAAUGAAGAAGGGUGAUUUGUAAUUGAGGGAAAGGGGGAAAGGUGUUUUGUACCAAGCCAGCAACUAAGUCUAGAUCAUGGCAAAGCAGCCAGCCUCAUAAACAAAUGCAACAUGCAAGGAAAGAACAGCAUGCCAAAGAUGAGAUCUGAACCCAGGACAGACAAUCCUCAUUGUAUUGUUGACAGGUGAACUCUGAGGGAGAAGGGAAUAAGAAAAAUAUACUGCUUGGCAUAAAUGAGAUUGCAGCACAUGCUUACUGAAGAGUAGUAAAUAGCAUCUUCAAAAUCUUUUAAAUCCAAAAAUGCACUGAAUCUAUUUUAUCAUCAUAUCUGUAGUGAUUAAUUUUAGUAGAGCUAUUUGUACACUCUAUGCUUUAUUUGUCAUUGCUCUUUAUCAGUCCGUGAGUACUUAAAAUCUUAAGCUUUUCUAUUGCAAUGAAUUUUCUAAAUGAAAAAAUAUAGCUGUGUAAUCUGCAUCCACAAACUGUCUUUACUGCUGUAGUCUGCACCAUUACAAUACAUUUAUACCUGCUUGGGAAAAAGUCUAUUACAUUUGUUUAAACAUUGGAGACCUCAUUUGUCUGCAUUCCAUUUAGGGUGAUAACACGAUGAAAUUAUGUGUAGUUGAUGCGAGGUGAAACAUUCCAGCACCAAAGAUAGUUGAAGGUUAUGUACAAAAGGACAUUCUAUAAGGCACCUUGGCACUGGCACAUAGGCAUGUGUAUGUGUGUGAGAGAGAGAGUAAGAGGGAGAGAGACUGGUUCUCAGAGUUAGGUAUACAUAAUGAUGUAGAUUGGAUUCCAAAAGUUUCUGUUGUCAAUAUACAAUUCAAAGCCUUUGUGAAUAAAAUUAUAAUUAAUUGAAUCCAACUGUUGUUAGUGACAUAUAUAAAUAGCUAUGUGCAUAAGAGGAUCUUGUAGGUAUAUUUUUAAUAAGAUCUUGUAGUUUUAUCUUCAAUGAAUGAAACUAGCCAUAUGCUACAAAAAUGUUAAAUAAUUGUCAAGACAUUCCACUUGAUCUAUGUACUUGUAAAAUAACUGGGUUCUUUGAGUGUGUGGUACAAAAUGUAAAAUCCCUAGUUAAUCUAACUUGCACUUAAUGUUAGUUUGUCAGUUCAUGCAUACAUAAUUAUGAAAGACAAGAUGUUAAGUAAAUAGAAAAAUAAUUGGAGUGUACUAAUAUUUGCAGCAAUUAUGGGACUGCAAAUGUUUAUAUCUACACCAUGUUGACAAAUGUUUGAUAUUUUUUGAAAUUUUAGUUGGGAAACAGAAAAUAAAAAGGUCUAAAAUUAAAUGGCCUAACUUAAUGUUUCUGAAUAAACAAUCCUAAAUUAUGUUCCUAAUUUUGAGACAAUUUUCCAAUCUACCUACAGAAAUACACAGUUUUGCACCAGCAAAUUUCACCAUGGUUUUUAAACUUGCAUAAAUCACUGUGCAAGGAUGGUUGUCUUGGGAAGACUGUUGCUAAAUGACAAAUACUUUAAACACAAGUCCCAUAACCGUUUUUUUUUCCUGAAGUGUAAUUCAUUUUCCAUGCUCAUUCAUCAACCAUUUAUCCAUGGAUUUUUACUAUUUGUGCGUGUUUGAACAGAAAUUAAGUAUUGUCUACCCAUGCAAACUCUUUUGUCAGGAAAGUCUUCCUCUAAGCUGUUCAUUGAGUUGGUGUGAAAAGACAUUUUAUGAAAUGUGUAGAUUCACCUACUAGAAAUUUUUAUUAAGAUUGCAGUUCAUUGUUUAAUGUAUUCAUCAGGUCACUGGAGUAUUUUAAACCCUAGACAUCAGCUUUUUAGUAAGUGUAUGUUUAGUAAUGGUGUCCUUUUCUUGCUGCAUAUUUGCAUAACGUUUUACCUUAUCAAAAAUUACAUUUAUCAUCUAGGCUCAGUAAAAUGCAAAAGGAAAAAGUCAAGUUCCUAAAGUUUCUACAGGGAUAUUUUUUAUGUGGAAAAGAACUAAAGCUGACAGGAGUGCUAUGGCAGACUGAAUUACCCUGGAUAUGUCACCUAGUCAGAGAAAAUAUGACAGCUGAAGCAUACACUAUAUUUUAACUUGUAAAAUCGGCACAUUCAUAUCAGUUGAUGAGCAUUUUGACAGAAUGUAAGCAGAACUCAAUCUAUGCGUAUCAUCAUUCAAUCUUGUUACUUGUCUGUUUCAUAUGCUUAGAGAAUCUGAUAACAGUAAUAGAAGAUUCCAAGAAGACAGUUUUGUCUCGGGGAAAAGGUCUUUGGACUUUGAAAAUAGUGUUUAAAAUAAAGAAAAUGUCAUGUUUUGAUGAUGGUGCAUUACCUACUAAGGAUAGGGUCCAGGAAUUAUUGUUUAGAGGUAACUUCAUAAUCUAGUUCUUUGAAAAGUACUACGUGAUAAUAUGAAUGAUGAUCUGCUUUCAUAAUGAAAAUAAAACUUGAUAUAAAACCACCACUUUCAUAUCAUGAUCGCAUAAUGUGUAUGUGAAUAUUCUGAACUGAUGUUAGUAUUUAGGAUUCCUUACAUUUUACUUUCCUCCAUUACAUGAGGAAAGUACUUGCUUUUCAUCAGUCGUAAAUUAUUCUUGGACAGUGGACAGAAUUGGUGUGUACCAACAGGAGAGAACAGACACAAAAGUGUGUUUUUUUCAAUAUAAGAUGUUUAUUAUAUUCUUUCAUAUUUGAUUAUUAUCAAGGUUUUUUUUUUAAACAUUAGUCCCUUAUUUUUUAUCGACAUUUCUGAAUGGCUGCUUUUGAUUCAUUCAAUUUUCUGCAAUAUGAACAACUACUUUACUUUUGCUAUUGACUGAGGGUACAUUGUGCAUCACUUGCCCUGGCCAUCAAACAGUCUAUGCUGCUUGCAGGAUAAUGGAAAUGGGAAUGGUAUAUAGAGCUGUUUCAUCCCCUAGGAUCUGCAGGUUACAGUUAAAUAGAAAAGGCAAAAUGACGGUCAGUUCUCUGAGUUUUCCUUUAAGGAACAAUGAACUCUAAAUGCACAUUAUAACAUUGGACACAUUUUUUUCCAUGCUUUAUUCAAGAUAUCCAAACACUUUAACUGUGUACCCUAGUCUUUUUGCAAAAUAAAAUGGAGAUUUUUUUUUGGGGGGGUUAUACAUAUGAUGCAUACAAUAGUUGAUGCCGAAGAAGAAAAUAAAAUAUCCCAAU